UUUCAGAUAUAAUUGGUAGUAUUAGUCUAACAAUGUAAUGUGCGGAAACUUAACACAUCGAUCUUCAAUUUUGGAAUUGCUCAAGUUUUUUCUACAAAAGCAUAUUUUUAUUCUGUGUGAAGAAAGAUUACCAUGAUCAUCUUACAGGUGAUGCUUGCACUUCGUUUCUUUGCUUCUGGGAGAUAUAUGGAAGUGAUAGGGGACACCAUGGGCUAUGAUAAAAGUACGGUGAGCCGAGCCGUGGAGAACGUAACAAAUGCACUGCUUACCAAGAAAGACCAAUUUUUAAAAUGGCCUACGCAAGAGGAAAUUAAAAAAUCAAAGGAGAACUUCUAUUUGCCUGGUGGGUUCCCGGAUGUCUUUGGGUGUAUCGAUGGUACACAUGUGAAAAUACAAGCACCAUCAGACAACGAACCAACUUACGUGAACAGGAAAGGAAGGCACUCCAUAAAUGUGCAAGCAAUCUGCUCUCAUGACGGGAAAUUCAUUAAUGUUGAUGCCCACUGGCCUGGUAGUACGCAUGACAGCCACAUUUUUCGGGCGUCAGAAGUCAGCGCAUACCUCGAAAAUCAUCAUCUAGGUGUAGACGAUGAGUAUUUGCUAGGUGACAGCGGGUAUGCUUGUUCCAGAUUUCUGUUAACACCGUAUCUUCAUCCAUCGAACGCCUCUCAGGAGGGCUAUAACUCGGCCCAUUGUCGCACGCGCAACACGAUCGAGAGGGUGUUUGGUUGGUGGAAACGAAAAUUUCAUGUGUUGCAUAGUGAGAUUAGAAUGAAUGUCUGUAGAAUCAUUGGCGCUUGUGCAAUUCUACACAACAUUGCACUGAGUUUAAAGGCAGAGAUGGAGGAUGGUAAUCCUCAACAGGAUAAUGCCGCUUGGCAAUUAAAUUAUCAAGGACCGGAGGAUGGCAGGGCAGUCAGGAACUUCAUAACAAGAACAUAUUUCUAA